CAAGAGCAUCCGCCAACCACUACUGGCCAAUUGGGCAGUUGUGUAGAAAGUGUCGGCAAUCUUGCGCAACAAUCGGCCAACCCAACCCAAGUAUCACCAGUUCUGUCGACAUCAGGACCAUCCGGCUUAGCUCUCCAAUCAUUUGGCUCGACAGCGCCGCAUCGCAAGUCAGUCAGCCUUCUGGCAAGCGGCGUCAGCUUGCUAGAAUCAGGUGCAGGUUACCGUUCAUACCAGGAUGCCAAAAAUCUUGCUUUCACUCGAAUGCGCCCAAGAUCCCUUUGCCUCGGCACCGAGGUUUUGAGAACAGCCUACGUCAUUACAGCCAUGCGAUACAAGCGGCCAGCAAUAGCAACUGCGCCAAGUCGUGGAAACGCCAGCCCACCUUGCAAGCAAUCAACCUGUUUACAUGCAGGAGGCCGGCAGUGA